AAUCCCGAGCAGUCGUCACAUGACAGCGACGGGUGUGCGUGAUAUCUCGUGAAUCUCUCGAUGUGAGGAUCGAGGUUUCGUUAGGCGAAAAACGAAAGGACCACCGGGCUACUUAGCUUCUCCCCGGAGUGUCGGCUGUACUUGAGGACCGCGGAAUAUUGCGUGUAUCGUGUUGCGCGGACGGCGAAGCUUACUGUCGCGACGAUGAGGUACAUCCUGGGUAAAACAUUUGCGAUCCUCGCUUCGACAACGAUCCUUAUUCUAGUUUUGUAUUAUGUAUUUACUGGCAAGGGGGAGCAGGUCAGCAUUGGAUGGUUCUUGACGAACACCUCACCGUACAUGUGGUGCACGCUGGGGAUAGGUCUAUCGGUAGCUUUGUCCGUAGUAGGGGCGGCAUUAGGUAUCCAUACAACGGGGGUGUCCAUCGUCGGCGGUGGCGUGAAAGCACCUAGGAUCAAGACGAAGAAUUUGAUUUCUGUGAUAUUCUGCGAGGCCGUGGCCAUCUACGGCCUGAUCACUGCCAUCGUUCUGUCCGGCAUGCUCGAGAAAUUCUCCUACACGAAAGUUUUCGAGAACGAGGAGAUCAGGAAUCAGAACUGGCUGUCUGGAUACUUGAUGUUCGGCGCUGGUUUCGCCGUUGGCCUCGUCAAUCUCUUCUGCGGCAUAGCGGUCGGCAUCGUCGGCUCCGGCGCGGCCCUCGCCGACGCGGCCAACUCCGCCCUAUUCGUGAAGAUUCUCAUAGUCGAGAUCUUUGGUUCCGCCAUAGGGCUCUUUGGUCUGAUCGUCGGUAUUUAUAUGACAUCCAAAGUGAAAAUGGGCGACAAGCUGUCAUAAGUUGUCGAGAGAAUAAGCUACGGAGUUAUUUAUCGGGAUCACAGUGUUCCAUUCCACAUUUAGUCAUCGAUAAAAGAGAGUCUAGAGGAAUGACUGCAUAUCUACAAAAUCAUUGUGAAAUCGGAGGAAUUUUUUCAGGAUACCAAUGUGCGAAUUUGGUAUAUUAUUGCAUGUCUGUAAUUAUAUCCACGCGAUUCUAGAUAACAUAAUUUAACAUCCAUUCUGUGUCUAUAAUUGUGAAUAUUGUUAUAUUGUUUUGGACGCAUCAUUCUUUUAAAAGUGGCUAAAGAUUAAGUGUAAACGUUGCAAUAGGCCGUAGUUUUUAUCGAUAUUAGAGAGAUAACAUAAUUUCUGUUUCACUUUUCGAGUGCGUUAUAGCGCUCACCUUUGCGUAAGUUAAUGUACAUAUUCUCUUGUCAACGUAAGUAAAAGUAUAUAAUAUACAAAA